UGGAGAUUGGGGGGAGGGGGGAGCGCUCUCCAUGCCUCCUUUUCSUCUCUUGCUUUCUCUCUCUGUUGCUCUAUCCUUCUCUGGCACUGAUCAACCAACUCUCCAGGGCUAAGGACGAGAGGGAUUCUGAUUCUGAUUGGAGCAGAAGSGACAAUCGGGUUGUUGAUGGUACUGGGAAGAGUUGAUGACAUUGCUGUAGUGGAUGACAGCUGAGCGAAAGAGGGGCUCUGUGUCCAGGUCAGCUGUGACAGCCUAGUGUUACCAUGGCACUGGAGGGUUUCAACAAGCUCCUCCACAAACUGAGGGAGGCCCAUGAGAGAGAAGUCAAAGGAUGGCUAGAGAAAUUUCAGGAGCUGAACAAUAGAAACAGCUGUGAAACAAAACAAAUGGAAGAGCUGUUUAACAAGAACCAACAGCUGAAAGAGCACCAGCGGUUACUUACAGAAAACAUCAAACAGCUGGAAAAUAGGUUGAGGGCAGGGCUCUGUGACAGGUGUACUGUCACUCAGGACGUGGCCAAGCGCAGGCAGCAGGAGUAUGAGACCUCCCAGAUCCAGAGCCUCCAUCAUAUUUCCAUCCUGGUGGGAAAGAUGAACYAAAUGAAAAAGGAGAACCAGAGACUGCAAGAAGAAAUCAGUCAUCUGAGAGGAGCACAAGAAGGUCAGAGUGGACAUUCCUCCUCCCAGGAUGCAACCCCGGAGGUCAGGCCGUCUGCUGACAUUUCACCUUCUGCUGUGCCACACACCACAGCCAUCAGGUCUCUCAGCCAGCCACCAGAGGGCGCCACUGCGGGGCUGUCCAUAGUCAAUACUGAGAUGGGCCACAGACGUUCCUUUGGAGCUGACGAGACACUACUUGAACAUAGACAUGUGAAGGGAUGGAAUGGAAAACAAUCCUAUAAAUCCCAUAAGCCUCUGUCCAUGUCCACUCCCAUCCCACAAGCAUUGAGGCCAGAGCAAAGUACAGCCAGAGGCAACACUGGGGAGAAGAGAGUCCAUAGUGUGGAAACAAUUGGCCAGCAGCGCUACCCUGUCGCUCCCUACAUUCCCCCCCACCUGUUUGUCCUGAAGAACAACCCUCUCCCUUCUUCCUCCUCUUUAUCCUCCUCCUCUCUACUUGGAGAUGAGAAGCAAAAAUGUGACCUGGUCCAUGCCCCGGUCCCCUACCGUCCGUUUCCUAUCAAGAGUGCCCAUCUUUCUGUCCCCUGGCCCCUGCCCGAGCACUCUGAUUGGGGCACCCUGCCCACCUCUGUUGGCGAUGGCCUAGUGGUCCACCCCAACCCUAACCCCAACUUCCAGACCMUCCACCAGCAGAGCAGCAGCAACAKCCAGAGCAUGGGGCAGAGCACUGGGCAGGCCUGGCCCAAGCCUGGGAAGAGCUCAGCCKCACGGGUCCAGGACCAGGACAGACYGGGGGUGCAGAACCCAUGUCGGGAUGUGGUGGUGCAGCCAGAYAGGGUGUUUGGGGAGGGACUGAAAGGGGCUGACUCUCCUCUGGACCUGUCUGGUCCUGGGAGGUUCAAAAGCAGUAAGUCACCACAGGACAGCAAGCACAGCCCCACACUGCAGGAUGUGUACAUAGAGGGAGAGACAUCUAACAGGGCCACGAGGACAGACUCCUCCCCACAGAUCCAGGACAGUCCUCCCUCUUCCUCUUCUUUUCCACCUGCUCCUCCCUCAUCCUCCUCUUCUACACCUCUCUCCAGCCAACAGAGGCAAAGCCCCAGUGAUCACAACCUCAAGGAGGGAGGGCAAUCAGAGAUGGAGGAAGCUGACGGGAAAGCAGAUAAAAGAACAGGAAGGGACUCUGAGGACAGGAAAGGCCCUGUUCUGACCAUCUCAAUGCGUCCAGUGGUGCUCCUUGAGGCUCUGAAUUAUGGAUUACAGAAUAAUCUUUACUCCAACGGCAAGUCAGCCCAAGGCACUGCUGCAGGGAGCAACUCAGACGACCUGGAAGUGGAGAGCAGUCUGUCUGGGUCAGAGAGCAGCCAGAGUUCCAAGAGGAAGUGGACUAGGCUGGACACAGACACAGAGGUUCCUCAUCAGAAGGAAAAGAGGAUCAACCUUCUCAGUACAGUAACUGGGCAAGAGCCCACCGAAGUGACACAGAUGACCGGUCAAGGAUAAAAUCACACAGCCAUGUGACGUUCGAUG